AUGAUAGAGCGGGACGCAGUGCUUGAGAAGGCCAAGCAGGUGCUUUUCAGCACAGAGGCGCUGGACUUUUUUUCUUUCCUUCUCGUCAUUCAACUGGUAUACCAAAUCUUUGCCCGUACAAUCUACGCGGGACCGGAGUUGGCCCACAAACGCUCAUGGAUCAUCACUACCUUUGCCGCUUUCUGUGCUUCUACCACAGCCACCCCUUUUGUGUUCGAUCUGAUAUGGUGUGGUCUAGAUUGGACCAAAGUAACACCACAUAGGGAGUUGAUUGCGAAUCCGCUAAGCAUGUUUUUCUUGGCGUACCUCAUCUCCGAUCUUGUCACUGGUUUCUUUUGCUAUCGAAAGCAUGUGAACCUCUCUAGCGGCUGGGUCCACCAUACAUUGUACUCCGUAUUUACAGUAUUCUGGCUAGGACAAGGCUGGAGUCAUGCAUUUGCAACAGCUUUGCUCAUGGAAAUGCCGACAUGGGUCAUGGGACUGGGCGUCUUGCAUCCUCGAUUCCGCUCGUAUUGGGCGUUCACGCUGACAUUCUUGGCAACACGGAUUGUAUUCCACUUUGUAUUUGUGUACUCCCUGUUCAUCCCGACAGGACGCUACGUCAACCAAACCUCCGCUAGCUGGGGCCCCUUUGUCUUCGGCGUGUUGGCACUGCCAAUGCACUUAAUUUGGGCGUACAAGAGCGUUCGAGGUCUUCGCCGUCGUAUGCGCAAACUCAAAGCCGAAGCCAAGGCUCGUGAAGAGGCUCGUCUGGCUGCGAUCGAUACGGCUACGCGUCUCCUCGAUAGUGCCGAUGAACUUGAAGAGCAUGCUCUGGCGAAAAAGAGCGCCCAGCCAUCGCGUGUCCUCAGGAGCUCAGAUACCACUGCACGCGCACGCAAACUGGUCACCGACGCGGCCUAUGUCCUCUGGCGAAAUGCACCUGAAGCAUGGCGCCAGGCAUACCGUGAAGAAGUCGACUUUACGAAACAGCAAGGAAUCGAUCCCAAAUCGAUGCGGCGCAGCACGCUGGUCCGCCGCGCUCUGGCUCGGCAUUUAUUGCAAGGCAACAAGCGUGGACACAAUGUGCCGCUGGUGGCCGAAGAUGAUCAUGAUGACCUUGAUGACUGGAUGUCCAUUACAUCCUUAAACACAAUCGACCAAGACGGGGCUGGUGGAUCGGGACACCGCGUAUCAAUCGGACGAGGCAUCAAUAUCAAUGUGCCAAGGGAGUUCGACCCGAUUAUCAAGGGCCAGAAAUACGUGGUGAGUGAGUUCCCCGUAGACCGCGAGGCAAGCGGUACGGUCCGUCAGCGAAUCGUGGGUGAUAUGCGACGUCGAUUUGAGGUGGCUCGGCGCGACAUGGUUGUAUUUUAA